AUGGGCGUUCCUGGACAUGUUGACGAGCUCGCCUUGAAGCAUAACGCUCAAGUCUGCCUGCAGCAUCUCCAGAGCGAGGGACAGCGGACACUGUUCUUGUCCUGCGACGAGACAUGUUGGCAUGCGAGCUUUGGUUUGGUCAGUGGCCUGUACGGUCGAGGAGAGCCAGCUAGGCAGCACAUCGUUGGAGGCUUCUGGUGCAGGGACGAGAGCGAGAACUGGGCCGUCCUCGAGGAUGCAGGCGAGUUGCCAAAGACCAAGCUAGCCCGGCUGACGAUGCACAUCACGGCAGUGCGGACAGACUCCUUCCGCAGGACACUUGACAUGGCCUGCUACCCUGUCCCACCAGGCGGCCAGGUUGAUCACUCGCAGGAGCUUCUGCAAGCCACUGGUGAGUGUCUGCAGAAGCUGACGGUCGCCAACGAAGGAGUGCCGCCGUUAGGAGUGGCGUUUGACGGAGGGGCCAACAACCACCUCCUGGCCAAGGUAGUCAGAUGCAGCACGCCUCAGACGGAGGUGACCCUGGGAACUCUGGAAGUUCCACGCGAUGUGGCAUUCUGGGGAAGCUGCGAGCCCAAGAGACACAGGGGGCUCUGGUACGUGCCAUUCGGCUACGUCCAGCACGGCACUAGUGUUGUGCUUGGCUCGCAAGAUGCUCUUCAUUUCCUGAAACGCUUCAGCCUUCAUCAUGGCUCAGGCUCGAAGACCAUAUCCUGGGGCUCAGUGCCGACUGACUUGUCCAGUAUGCUGGCCGCGGGCAUGCCAUUGAAAGCAUUCCUGUGCUCUGACGAGCAGAGUGACGUUCAGGCACUCCAUCGGGUCAACUCCAAGUACCUUUCCAAAGCUUGGAAUUCUGUGGGACCGCACCUCUACUCUUUCGUAUCGGCUGUGCUGUCGUUCGCCAACCAGGCGGGAGACAAGCAGGAUGCAGAGGAGAGGGCGUACCACUCCCUGGCUGCUUACUACUUGUUGUUGAUCAACGCCCACCAGGCACAGCUCAUCUACGGCUCAGCCUGGAAGGAACACUUCCUCCCCGUCAGCACGAUCCGCAUUGGCUGCCAGAUGUGCAUUCACAACCUGAACCUCUGCCUCUUCUGCGACGAGCACACCUCCGUUCGGCCAAGUCGCUUCGCAGAGCAUGCUUCAGAGCUCCAUUUCGGAGCCCUGAAGAGUGGUUUCCGAGGGACACCUUCCGUGGCCGACAUGCUCGUGGGACAGCACAAGCAUCAUCUAGGUCAGCUGCGUCAAAAGUUCGAGCCGACACCCUGCCUUCACAAGCCUCUGACGCCUGAGCGAGCACAAACCCUUUCCCGGCAAGCUUUCCAGGACGCCUGCAAGUGGCAGGCCUGGACCAGUGUCAAUCGAACACCAGAUCAGAUAGCCGAGACUUUCGAGCUCUGGUACAGGAGAGAGGGCCUCAAGCUGCUUGCAAGCAACCCAACCGAGGGCGACGAGGAUGUGGAUGACCGGGCGCUUGACAUGGACUGGGUAGAGGAGCUGCACGAGCCCCUCGAUGCCGAGGAGCAAGCGAGCAUGGAUGCCCUCACUGCUGCCGAGGACCUGCUGGCGACGAAGCAGGAGGUGAUCAAGCUGCAAGAGGCCGCAGCCAGCGGCAUCAUGGAUGUCGUCACCGAGGAGGCUGCUGUCGCGAAGGCGACAGACACGGAUGGGGCAGAUAGGCAUCUGCCUCCGGAGGCAAAAUCCCUCUACGACAAGACCAGCAUGCGAACCCUCGUCCAGCAGUUCAGCGACAUGGAGUCCUUCAGCAUUGAAAGCGAGGCCGACACCGGCUACUCCAGAUGCUUGGAUCGCCUUCUUCAGAUGCGGGCUCCCAUCCAGAAGUUCGUGGAAGCUGUGAGAUUGGAGGAGGGCAUCCUCAGCCAAGCACAAAUCCUCACACAUCGAAAGAUGGGAGAUUGGCAGUCCAAAGAACAUCAGCUGGCCCUCGCAAGGGCUGCCUCGGCACAG